AUGUUUCGUCCGGAUGGUCCCAGUAAUGCCCCAAUUGCUCGACGUAAAAAGAGCGUGUAUAACAGGUCAGUCCUAGCGGCAGAAAGGGUGGCAUUGAGGCCAGUAUACGUGGCUAAUCUUCUCCCAUCACGAAGGAUGUCAAUACAAUCGAAAGCAAAAAGGACAGGCAGAUCCCCAGAUUCAGAGAGACCAGUCACUUGGUCCGUCGGCAUAUAUCAUGGGGUGGGUGAGUGGGAAAACUCCCCGGUAGGUUCUGGCGACGUCGAAAGGAAGCCCGAAUGCAUCCAUCCACGUGAGCCUGCUCAUGCUUGA